AUGGCCAAGUGCAAGAACAUGAAUAAGGCGGAUAAGGCCUUGUUGAAGGCGACCAAGCUUCUUAAAAAACGUGCCAGGAAGGCUGCCAGAGAGGCCAAGAUGUCGAGAGAGGAAAAGCAGGCCAGAGACAAUACCGAAAGUGCUGAGAGAGCCUGGGCCGAGGCCAAAAGAGUCAAGAAGAAGGCAAGAAAGGCUCAUGCACGGACUACCAACCACCCUGGUCCCCAGAAGAAGAUGUCCGAAGAGCAAAAGACAGCCAGUCUCCACCUGAGCUUGAGUCAGAAGAUCAGUGACCUCACCAACCAAAACCAAUCACUGCGCAGAACCAACGAACGUCUCUCGAAGCUCCGUGUCGAGAGCGAGUCGCAAAAGUCCAUUCAAUCAGGUCUUGAUGUUGAAGUGGAUAACCUCCGUGAGGAGGUCGACGCGGCCAUGGCUGACAACAACCAGCUUCGAGCCAGUAACUCGGCUCUGUACACCAGUGCCGAGCAGUGGGAAACGUACGCCACAGAUAAAGAGACGCGAAUCCAACGGCUGAACAACUAUGCCGACACUCUUAAAGGCCGUAUCGAAACCAAGAAAGCCAAGGUCGUCAAGCUCAGAGAGCGCUUGGAGCAUCGUAAGAACGACAUCAAGGACCUCCAAGAGAGCAACGACAACCUUGAAGAGCGUCUCGCGACCAAAAAGAUCAAGGCUCAGACUUUCAAGGUUAAGUACAAAGCAGUCAAGCAUAACCUUGACGAGUGUAUUGACGGUCUCGAUGAUCAGCUCGAUGAGGAUCAGUCUGUCGUCAUGGAGUUGCUCAGGCGAAACGUCAAUCUCAAGAAGCCUGUCGAAGUUCGUGAGCAGCAGCUCAUCAAGGCUCAACAUGAGCAGGUCGGUAGACACGAACAAAUCGUGUCUGAGCUGUACAGCGAAAUCAACGACCUCAGAGACGAGAUCGAGAGAAUGAAGCGAGGUAGCUCCCAUGACUCUAUGGAUAAGCUUCCUGGAGUGCGCAUCAAGUAUGAAGACGACUCCAUGGAUGCCGAAACUUGA